GUGGCAAAGCAGCCGAGCCAAAAGAGUUGCAAAGCCAGAGAGAGAGAACACAAAAAGCUAACCAUGAGUCCACGACCAACAAAAAGCUAGUAAAAGAAAGAAGCUCAGAAAUCACCAACGAAAUCACUCUAACCGGAGCGACAUUUCGGAAUUUCCUCUCUCGAACUCGAACUACUCUCUCUCUCUCUCCCAGGGUCCUCAUGGCGAGCAUAGCCCAGGCUGCCGGCGUCGACGCCGUGGGCCUGAUUAACCUCACCGUGGCGGCGGCCCGAAACUCCACCACGCACCGGAGGAACUGCGACCGGCUGGCGAGCCACGUGAGGAUGAUCGGAAACUUGCUGGAGAAGCUGAAAACGACGGGCCUGAGGAGUUUCCCGGCGACGGGAGAGCCGUUGGAUCUGUUGGAGGAGGCGCUGGGGAAGGCGCUCGAGCUGGUGGAGAGUUGCAGGGAGAAGAGUUACCUCUACAUGCUUGCCAUGGGGUGGAGCGUAGUGUAUCGGUUCCGGCUGGUCCAGAACGAGAUCGAUCGGUAUCUGAAGCUCGUGCCGUUGAUCUCGCUGGUCCAUGAGUAUCGGAUGCAGAAUUUGAACUACAACUUGCUAGCAAUUGAACAGGACCAUCCAGAAUACACCCUCGAGGAGGAGGAAAUGGAAGCCCAUGGUGUCUUAUUGAAGAAGGAUCGCACUAAAAAGGACGCAAGCAUAUUGGAGAAUUCCUUGUCUCGUCGGUAUCCUGAUCUGGAAUUCCAUGAGGCUCUCCAAGAGGAGAAGGAGAAGUUGCAUGUCGAGUUGCAUCGGUCCCAAGAAAAUAAUGACCCUAAGGAAUGCCAAGUUAUUGAACACCUAAUUGAAGUGACAAAGAAUGUUGUUAAUGUACCAACAGGCAACAAACUUUCCCUCAAUGUACAGACCUAUGCAGGAUCUGGGUAUGAAACAACCACAAAAUCCAGUCACAGGGCCUACGAUUUAAAACCUGAUAGUCUCGUUAAAUCAGAGUGGCAAGCUGAUCUCUUUGACUGUUGCAUGGAGCCUUGUUUAACAGGUUUUAAGGCCUGCAUCUAUCCCUGUGGAAUAUUUUCACAUACAGCUCAACUGGUCUCAAAAGGACAAAUAUCUCGUGAACGUGCAUGCAAUGAUCUUAUUGCCUACUCACUAUUCUGCUGUUGCUGCUGUUACACUUGCAGCGUGAGAAGGAAGCUGCGAAAACUUUUUAACGUAGAGGGAGGUGCUUGUGAUGACUUCUUUACUCAUCUCAUCUGUUGUUGCUGCGCAAUGGUCCAGGAAUGGCGCGAGCUUGAACUGAGGGGUUUUGAAGUGUCUGCAGGUUGCCCAGAAAGAAAAAUGAUUCCACCACCGUACCAAUAUAUGAAGCCUUGAGUGCCUUCCCAAUGUAGUUGGUUCGAUGUCAUACGACUCAUACCCGUGUAUAUGUUAAGUUUCUAUGCACUGUUAGGUCCUAGAGUUUCCUAAUGUAGGUUUUUUUCCCCCAUUCGUUAAUCUUAAUCUACACUAUCCUAGGGGACUUGGGGGAGGGGGAUGGGGCUUAUGGAGAUUGAACCCUGUCCAUGUGCAUGAGAGUAUGUACGGGAGGCCAACUGCACUGCACUCCACUUGCCGAAUGUAGGUUGGCAAUCCCAUUUGUUAGCCAUUAACUUA